AUUACUUCCCAAGUAAUACACUACUCGCUGCUGCCGCCUGCCUGCCUGCCUGCUGCUUCUGCAUUGGGGGGCGAGGUCGGUGGAGGAGGGAGGAAGUGAUGGUGGUGGUGGUGGGGGUGGCGCACCCGAUUCCCCUUAUCUCAUCCAACUUUCUCAUGCCUAUUUAAUCCCCCGGAGGACGAUGCGGAUUCCGAAGAGGCCCCUCGCCGCCGUUCUUCGUUCUUCUUCUUAUUCUGCCUCCUCCGUACUUCCUUUUCGCCCUACUGCUUCCUAUCUUCCCGGAAUAGUUCCUAAUACUCGGAUUAGGGUACAGCCGGUCGGUGUCCAACGAGCCGAUGGACGGGGUCGGAGUCGAGAAGAGGGAGGCCUCGGCGCUUGAUUUGGGGCCUUGUGAUGGGGCGGGCGACGGACGCGUUGGGAACCGCCGGAUUUGGUCGUCGCGGGAGUGGGGACGGAAGAUUACCAUCGGGAAGCAGAUCUUCUGCAACCGGUCGCUGAAUAUGAAGAACAUCGUUGCGGUCGGCUUCGAUAUGGACUACACGCUGGCGCAGUACAAGCCGGAGACGUUCGAGUCGAUGGCCUACGAUGGGACUAUCAAGAAGCUGGUCCAUAAUCUGGGCUAUCCUAGUGAGUUGUUGGACUGGACGUUUGACUGGAAAUACAUGGUUAGGGGUCUAGUCGUUGACAAGAAGAAGGGCAAUAUCUUGAAGAUGGACCGACACAAGUAUGUAAAAGUAGCAUACCAUGGCUUCAAAGAGUUAUCUAAAGAAGAAAAAGUUUCAACAUAUGGAAAUACGUUAACUCGGGAUUCCUUUGAUGAGCCUGAUUAUGCUCUGAUUGACACUCUUUUCUCCCUAGCUGAAGCAUACCUGUUUGCCCAGCUUGUUGACUUCAUGGAUAAGAACCAUGGAAAAUUUCCUUUUGGCAUGGACUACAUUCGAAUGUAUAAAGAUGUAAGGGCUGCAGUUGACUUGUGCCAUCGAGAUGGAACUUUGAAGCAAAUGGUCGCAAAGGAUCCUGGAAGGUACAUUAAUGAAGAUAGACUGAUUGUUCCUCUGCUCAAAAUGCUUCGAGACUCAGGCCGUUCUACUUUUCUGGUCACAAACAGCUUGUGGGAUUACACAAAUGUGGUUAUGAAUUUCCUUUGUGGGAAUUAUAAAUUGGAUGAUGACCAUGAUGGAAACUACAGCUGGCUUGUAAACUUUGAUGUGGUUAUUACUGGCAGCUCAAAGCCAGGCUUCUUUCACGAAGAAAAUCGUGUAAAUCUUUUUGAAGUUGAACCGGAGUCUGGAAUGCUUCUUAAUACUGAUAAUGGGAUUCUAGUUCCUCAGGUAGGGAAUACUUCACCACGACUACCACCUACACACUUGAAUAGAACUUGUCGGGUUUUUCAGGGAGGUAAUGUUGCACAUCUACAUAAGCUUCUCUCAAUAGCUUCAAGUUCACAGGUUCUUUAUGUGGGAGACCAUAUCUAUGGAGAUAUUUUACGCAGCAAGAAAGUUCUUGGCUGGAGAACUAUGCUUGUUGUUCCAGAACUUGAAAAAGAGGUUGAGCUUCUUUGUCAGUCAAGGGAAAUGCGUAAGAUGCUGCGACAGUUGAGGAUAGAGACCGACCUUAUUGAGGACAAAAUUCAUCAUCUCAAGUGGUCUCUCAAGUUUGAUAUUUUUGAUGCCAAUCGGAAACAGUGUUUGUCAAAUGAACUUGAUAAACUGGAGAUACAAAGGGAGAAAGUUCGUCGUCUCCAUCAAGAUGCCCAGAGGGAAUUUCAUCAAAAAUUUCAUAAAGUAUGGGGGCAACUUAUGAAAACUGGUUACCAAAAUUCACGCUUCUCGCAUCAGGUAGAGAGGUUUGCAUGCUUAUAUACAAGCCAAGUGACAAACUUGGGAUUAUACUCUCCUGACAAAUACUACAGAACAAGUGAAGAUUUCUUGCCUCAUGAAAUUGAUAUUGUUGGACUCUGAUAAAUUUGUGCCGCUGCAAUGCUCUGACUUGGGGAUGAAAGGCGCCUUUUGAAAUUGAGAAUGCUUCAACAAGAAUCCAUGAAGCAUUUAUUUUCUUUGAAAUAUUUCUAACCAAAUGUGGAAAGAAGUAUAUCUUGAAAUAUGAAAUCAAAAGGCAACAUCAUUUCCUGUAAUACUUAUCUAAAAGAAUUGAUAGAACAUCCACGGUUGUCCAUAA